CUCACCACAGUUACUGUGUACACCAGUCCCUCAGGAAUGUGGAGCAGAUAUUCUCUCUGGGGGUACAUAAGUACAUAAGAGGUUCGAUGAUAAGAACAAGCCAUUCACACCAGCUUGGCUUGUCAUUUUGCCCACAGUCUAGAGUGUGUCUAGUACUGCAUCGAACCUGGAUUUGAACACUCUAAGGGUCUCUGCCUCCACUACCUGCAUGAAAAAUACUUUGCAGUGCCAGUGUGAAAUUUACCUGUAACUAAUUUCCUCCUGCACUGUCUUGUUCUGCUGACAGACCUCAGCUUGAAAUAGCCUCUAUAGUCCACUUUAUUAAUCCCCUUUUAAAAAUUUAAAAGCUUCAGUCAAAUCUCCCAUGAGUCUCCUUUAGCUGAGACUAAAAAGAUUAAAGGUAUCUCUUUGGUUGCAGCAAAAUGAGGGUCUGGGAUUGGACUGGAGUUUUUAAAAUUGAAAUCUACCUGUGAUGUAUCUGGACUGGAAGCAGGUAGUAUGACGGACACAAUUUUCACGAAUCUCUCUGGCCCAUAAACAGCAGCCCAUUUGGUUUGUGAUAACGUUCUCAAAAUGUUUGCAUAACAUUGUAUUGCUGUGAUUAUCAUGUUGCCAUGAUGAUAGGGAAAUGUUGUGAGACCUUUAGUUGUGGGUGCUAUGACUCUAUUUGACAUGUUGGGGUAUAGAUUUAAAGAGACUGUACGAAGACUGAGUAUAAGGAAUGAAUGAUUGAAUGAAUGAUUUCGUAUCACCUUGAAAAGUGUGACUGGGUCUAAAUGUACUUGUUCUGAACAGAGUAUCCCAAACAUAUAAAAAGCAUUGGAAUACAUUUAUGCACACACCACCAUAAGAAAGACAUGGAGCAAUCCAUAAUGUUGAGAAGCUGGCUUUUAAAAGUGAAUGCUCAUAUUACAACCAUGUGAGAGGAUGUGUUGUGUCAUCAGUGUGUUUACUAGUGAUUUGUGAAACUGACUAAUGAUCCAGCCUUCAAGAUUUUAUUUAGGUGACUUAGGUGACUAUUUUGGUUUUAAAUGAGUGGACUACUUGAAGGACAUGCUGUCAAAAUAUUUUCCUUGCAAAGAAAAGUAAGUCUGGUCAACUGAUCCCACCGAGAGUCUUGCAUCUAACUCUAGUCUUUGGCUGUGGUGUCUCUGUGUCUUUGGCAUGGUUCACUCCUUUUUUUGCAUGAGCGCCCUGUGCAUGCAUCGCUGUCAUGUCAUAAACACGCAUGUCACAGCACUGUAACAUGCUCAUAACUCAUCAGUAGGCUGCAGGUCAGACAGAACCGGAUUUGCAAAUAUUUGGACUCAAUGGACAGCACUUAAAAUGGAACACCAUACAUUAGUGCUUAACAAGCCUUCAGUCAUAUCCCCUUCAGAGAACCACUGCAGUUUACAAUUGCCAUAUAAUUAUUACUGUAAUAAAUCGGUAGUGGGGAAUAGUUAUGGUAAUACAAUGCAUAUUAAAUCACAUAGUCAUGUCUCACUGUUACAGAUGCAAGGAGUAUAGAAGAGCAUAGGAAAGAAGUAAAUCCACUUUAAAGCUCUGUUAAAGACGUUGCCUCCUUUGGGCUACAUUUGUAUAGUUUUUGUUGAUUUGCAUUACCACUUUAAAGAACAAAAAUGUAAAAAGUCUCAAAAAUGUGGAUUCCUAAAGAUCGGCAUUUUGUGGUUUAAGUCUAAACAAUACAGCAGUUUGUGUAUGCAUAUUUUUCAGCCUCUUGGAUUAACCUGCAGUACACUUGUGUAAUAACUAUAGGAUGCCUAGGUGCUUAUGCACAUAAAAGCUCCUAAUAGUUUUAUAACUAGGAGUUAGGUCACUCCAUUUGGUACCACAAGCUUAUUUUUGAAGUGAACAUUGCACUUGUAUUUCAGUGCAUGUUCUUUUAUUGUCCUCACACAGGGAAAGAACUAAUGAAAAAAGAUCUAGUCAGAUUUUCCCAGAAUGUAGCACUGGUUUCCCAAUGUUUUGCUAAAAUUGCGGAGAGAUUAUUCAGGAAGCCAUGUACCUCUGUGCUUAGGCAGUAAGCCUUACUGCAUGACUUAACCACGCUGUGCAUACAUUGAUGUAAUGUUUGAAUAAAAAAAAAAAACCCUUAGAGUGUUUUCCAUGGUGUUCAAAUAAUGUAACCCCUUAAAAGCAAUAUCACCAAUGACCUCACCUAAAAAUGAAAAUAUGAUCUGGAGAUUACUCAUUUUAACUUACAUUCAACAGAGUUCAUUGCUUUUUUUCAGACUGUGGAGGGUAUCUACUCAUGUGACUGCCUGCUACUAAAUUGCACACAUAUCCUUAUGGAUCUGGAAUAUGUGUCUCUCAAUAGAUGCCAAUGUGCUGGAUUCAUAAUGCCUGUAGAAAACAUUCUGCUUUGCCCUCUUGUCUUCAUCUCCUGUAACACUAUGUUUUAUCCACCCCUCGUUGUCCCCUGUUGUUUUCACAGACACCUUACCACCACCUGAGACCGCCAUAGACAGUGUUGAUAAUCUAAUGUCAGAAGGUUCAGAUGCCUUAGAGGCAGCAUUCACUGAACAGGUGCCUAUGCCCCAAAAGCAGACGGUCGUUUACACCCAGCAGGGUUGUCUGCCAGACAACGACGCCGAUUUUUCCAUCAGCAGCGGAACGGCCGAGUCGAGCGUUGCCUCCGCCACGCCCAAGGGGAUCCUCAAGCAAAGCUCCAGUGGCAGCUCUUGCGAUUCUCCGGUCCGUUACAGCGACUACAGUGGAUGGCCUGAAUGGGCGAACAGCCAGGAAACCGAUUCUCAAAAUGCUGCCGGUCAGGAGGGAGAUGCCGCGGCCUCCGAAAUAAGCGAGUCCAUCCACUCUCUGGAUCGGAAACAAGUUAGGUUCUCCCCAGAGGUCAGCGUGAAUGAAAACGAAACAGUGUCCCCGCUACUGGAUGACCAAGGGCUUGGAGAACAGGACCUACUGGAUACUGAAUUCGCAACAUGCUCAGAUGAAGAAGGUGGGACAUGCAAGUUAGACGCAGACAGUAUUAUGGAUGAAGGCAGCAACAGCCUCACCCAGAGUAGUGCUGUAAGUGAAAUACAGCAGAACAGAGAAGAUCCCAGCUUGACCAUGAAUGAGGCAGACUACCCCCCAAGUAAGGAUAGAGCAUCUCCUACCUCUCAGUCACAGAACAGCAGGUUGGUGAAUAACCAAGAAGAAGCGGACACAGGUCAGCAGGAGCAGCGAGCUGCAUCCCCUGCCUCUCAGGUGUCCACCGGCCAGGGCUUUGUGGAUCAGAAAGGUCAUGAUGAGGCUCAGACCCCUGUUAGGAUGGCCUUAAAACGAAUCUCUGCGAGGCCCAUGUCCUUCUCCAAAAGUCUUGAGGACAUUACGUCACAGCCCACAAUCUCCACGACGCCGGCCACUCCCACCUCCUCCUUCUCCGACCCGGAGCAGAUGAAGAAGAUGAGUGCUUCUGUGCCUGCCUUCCUACAGGAAGAGAACGAUGGCAGAGACAGUGACACCACCUCAGAGAGCAGCUUCCGCAUUGGCAGACAAAUGAGGACGGGCAGCACCUGCACUAACCUUAGCAUCUCUUCUGGCAUGGCAUCCUUAUCUUCUGUCACCGGCAGUGUGAUGAGCAUCUACAGCGGGGAAUUUGGCAAUGUUGAGGUCAGAGGGACCAUCCAGUUUGCCAUCAACUAUGUGCAGAAGCUUGGGGAGUUCCACAUCUUCGUGGUCCGGUGCAGAGAGUUGGCGGUGGCAGACCCCAGGAAGAACCGGUCUGACCCAUAUGUUAAAUGUUACCUCUUGCCUGACAAAACAAAGCUGGGAAAGAGGAAAACCACAGUGAAAAAGAAGACCUUAAAUCCUACCUACAAUGAAAUCCUGAGGUAUAGAAUUGACAUGGAGAUCCUAAAAAGCCAGACACUGAAUGUGUCUGUGUGGCACAAUGACACCUUUGGACGGAAUAGCUUUUUGGGCGAGGUGGACGUGGAUUUGUCUGAAUGGGACUUCAAGAACACACAGAUGAAUGACUUCACCCUGAAACCAAAAUCCCACUCUGGCCUGCAACCCACCGACUACAGGGGGGAGAUGAACGUGGCCCUACGCUUCCUGCCUACCGUCUCUCACAGUAAGAGGACACCUAGAAUGGGUGAAGUGCAGAUCUUGGUGAAAGAGUGCAAAAACCUACCAGUCAUCAGGGGUGCGAUCGACCCUUUUGUUAAAUGUAAUGUGCUUCCAGACACCAGCAGGAAGGGCCGGCAGAAAACACGGGUGGUAAAGAGGACGGCCGAUCCUGUUUUCAACCAAACCAUGGUGUACGAUGGCUUCCAGGCUGAGGACCUGCGAGAGGCUUGCGUGGAGCUCACGGUCUGGGACCAUGACCGUCUCAGCAACCACUUCCUGGGAGGCGUGAGACUCAGUCUGGGCACUGGCAAAAGCUAUGGGGCGGUUGUGGACUGGAUGGACUCUAACGCUCAGGAGGCGAUGUUAUGGGAACGAAUGAUGGACUCACAUAAUGAAUGGGUGGAAGAUGUUUUGCCUUUGAGAAUGUUGAUGAUGGCAAGGGGCAUGUCGAAAUAAGAAGGAUUAAGAUACUAUUUAAGAUGCUAAAUUGUGUAUGUCUGAUCACAGAGAAUUACCCUGCUAUUCGUAAAUCAAGUAUGUAUAUUGUGUGUUGUUCAGUAUGUACAACAAUAAUUUAAUCCAAAUUGCCAAAUAUCUUCUUGUCAAGUUAAUUAAAAGAUAUGGUUACAUUGUAUUGCUGCAGGGCAUGGGUACCCUUCCAAGAUGUUUGCUUCUACUGAAAAUUUGGGGUCUCUUUUGUUUAGAAAUGUUUAAAGGAUUAUUUCUUUAUAAGAUGUUAUUUUUGUUUCAAGUUAACUUCUUGUCUACUGAUCAGUCAGAUAGCAGUUGCAUUUACCUCUGAAAAUUGGGCUCAUAAUCACUGUGUAAUCAUGGAACAAGCAUGUUUUUAUUUUCAGUUACAGUAUUGUACUGCUACUCACAAUAAAUCC